AUGGGAGUGAAUGUUAUUGUGAUUUCAUUGGGUUUACCAAGUCAUAUCAGGGUUGUUUCAAACGUUGCUAAGCGCCUUAUUUCGAAGGGUGUUCAUCAUGUUACCAUUGUAACCACAGAAGCAGCACGCCAUAGCAUACUAAGAAACAAUCCAAGUUCACAAAGCUCAAACAUUAGCUUUGAGUUCUUUUCCGAUGGGCUUAGCCUUGAUAACAAUCGUAGUAAUCCAGAAGAAGUAAUAAAUUCUCUUGAAACAGAAGGCUCCAAGAAUCUAUCAAGUCUCAUCUCUGAUCUUAAAAAAGUUGAGGACUACUCUUGUAUGAUUAUUGGCCCAAUCUUCCAUUGGGCUAUAAAUAUUGCCGUUGAGCAUGGUAUUCCUUGUGCACUACUUUGGAUCCAAGCUUCUGCCGUUUACUCCAUUUGCUAUCGCUACUUCAAGGGCAUUGAUGAAUUCCCCAACAUGGAGGACCUGAAUGAAAACAUGCACUUACCAGGAUUUCCAACAUUUCAGGUCAGAGAUGUUCAUUCUUUUAUUCUUCCUUCUACCCCUGAAACCUUGAGAAAAGUUUUCAUUGAUUUAUUCAAAUCAAUUGACAAGGUGAAAUGGGUCAUGGGGAUCUCUAUUUAUGAGAUUGAGGAAGAGAUAGUAAAGUCCAUGGCUUCGCUAACCCCUAUUUACCCAAUUGGACCACUUGUUUCUCCAAUUUUAUUGGGAGAAAAGGAAACUGAUAAUGCUGCUAAAGACUCUUGCAUAGAGUGGCUAGAUAAUAAGCCACCUUCCUCUGUUAUAUAUGUGUCAUUUGGAACCUUGGUUGUGUUGUCCAAAAAGCAGAUACAUAACUUAGCCAUGGCUUUAAAGAACAGCAACAAGCCAUUCUUAUGGGUGCUUAACCCAUUCAAUAACGAAGGUGAUGCCGAAGAAGUGCUGCCUGAGUUUCUACAAGAUACCAAAGAGAGGGGUUUGGUGGUGAAAUGGUGCCAGCAAGAUAGGGUUUUGAUGCACCCUUCUAUUGCAUGUUUUGUGAGUCAUUGUGGGUUUAAUUCCAUGAUAGAGACUAUCCUUGCUGGGGUGCCAGUUGUUGGUUUUCCAUUUUAUUCUGACCAUCCUACAGAUGCCAUGCUUAUAACUAAUGUAUUUGGAAAUGGGGUCAGAGUCAAGUGUGGUGAAGAUGGUGUUACUAGCACUCCAGAGUUUGAAAGGUGCAUUUGGGAAGUCACACAUGGACCCAACGCUAAAGAGAUUAAAAAGAGGGCACUAGAGGUGAAGGAACUAGCAAAAAAAGCGGCACAACAAGGUGGCAGUGCUGAUAAAUACAUUACACAAUUUAUCAGUGAAAUUACUAAAUAA